GAGGUGGACAAACGUGUGUCGAUGAUGUCAGAUGGAGAAAAAAGUUUGGUGCUGAAAGGAUGGAAAACGUCACCAGAGUGCGUUUGGGCUUAGUGCGCAUGCGCAGGCAACUCCUGCUUUACCAGACAAGUGCGGCAGGCUAACCACAGAGACAGAGAGAUUGAUUUUGAUCGAAUUUUGGAGGGCGCAGUCUUAAUUUUUAAGAAAAGGGUAAUCCGCUAAAGUGACACGCAGCAAUGGUUUUAGCUCUCCGUAGGGCGCACUGACAUACUUAAUGAUGGCAGGACUUUGCGUCUCCCGCUGCGCUUGAGCCUCUGCCGCAACCUAAGGAUAAUGCCAGAGUAAGGCUGAAAACUACCGCAGUCCUUUGCGUUUAGUCGCUGGAUCGAUUACGGCCCACGAUAGAGAAACAGCGAAAUGGUUUUCUCCGUUUCACCGAAACAUCACCUUCCCGAUAUGCAGAAGCACCACGCGGUUAUUUUUGUUGGGCUAUUUGCGCAUUGAGGGAAAUGCCACGAGCCUGUUUUUUCCCGUAGUUCCGCGCUUGUCCGUGUGGAAAUCAUGAUGGAAGACGCAAGAGGUGCCAAACACAGCAGGAGGACGUUUCUCGUCCCGGCCAUCAAAUCGUUUGAUCACUACGACUUUGUGAGGGCCAAAAUAGCGUGCAGCUUGACGUGGCUCGUGGCCAAAGCCUAUGGCUCAGAUUGUAUUCCAGUGGAGCUGAAGGAGCCAUUCUAUAAGGACCAGUAUGAGCAGGAGCACCUGAAGCCUCCAGUGGCAUCUCUGCUGCUGUCAGCUGAGCUCUAUUGUAGGGCUGGCAGUCUUAUUCUGCGCAGUGAUGCUGCUCGACCCCUCCUGGGUCACAACGGGGUCAUACAGGCCCUGGCUCAGAAAGGCCUGUAUGUCACUGACCAGGAAAGACUCGUCACUGAGAGAGACCUUUGCAAAACACCCAUCCAGAUGAGCUCCCACUUGGCGAUGAUCGACACUCUGAUGAUGGCAUAUACAGUGGAGAUGAUCAGUGUUGAGAGAGUGCUGACCUGUGUACAGAAAUACUCACCAUUCUUUCCAGAGGAAGACUUCCCUUAUGAUGCUGAAGAAGCUGUGACCACCUGGAUUAACAAGGUUAAUGAAUACUUGAGAGAGACCAUGGCUCAAGAGCAAAGAGUAGGAAACACACUUGAGGCCAAACCUGCAGUCCAAAAGUACAAGAAGGAGGACCCUAAAGCACAGCCUGCACUCUGUGUCCCACUAGUGGACACCCUGCUGAAGGACAACACAGAUGGCUGUGCUCUGGUAGCAUUGCUGCAUUUCUACUGCCCCAAUGCAGUGCCACUUGAAGAUAUCUGUGUGAAGGAGACGAUGUCUUUGGUCGACAGUCUGUACAACCUGCAGCUCAUCCAGGACUUCUGCAGAGAGAACCUGAAUAAUUGCUGUCACUUCACACUGGAGGACAUGCUUUAUGCCUCCACUUGUAUUAAGAGUAACUACCUUGUGUUUAUGGCAGAGCUGUUUUGGUGGUUUGAAGUGGUCAAACCCUCUUUCGUUCAGCCCCGGACGCUUGAAUCUAAAGUUGAGCCAACUAAAAUGGCUCCCAUAACCAAACACAACCUGAUCCACAGGCCACCCAGCGCUAACCAACCAAAGUCACCAAGCACAACCAACUCAGCCAUAAUAAAGAGGUCAAACUCUCUGUCAUAUGUGGACGGGUGUGUGGGGACAUGGCCCAAAGAGAAAAGGUCUUCAGCCCAUGGUAUCUCGUUUGAGAUUCCAUUUGAUGACCCUGUGGGUUGUACAUCAGGUAAAGGGUUGAGUCGGUCUGCUAGCACGGAGGGCCUGGUGUUCAAUGCUUCCAACUUGGUACGGGGCAUGCGCUGGAACCUCUCUUUCCAACCCAUUAAUGGAAACACACAUACACCGUUACAAGAAGAAGAUGAUGUAACAUCACACCAUGGUCCUGUCAGGCCUCUUGUUAGAACUGACUCUAGGUAUUCAAAUGGGGUGCAUCCAGAUGUCACUAGUCCCCAGUCUCCGACUCCAACUAUGGAGGAGGCUCUGAAGAUCAUUCACGACUCAGAGUGUUCUCCCAGCAGUCUCCGUCCCACUGUUGGUGAAAAUGCCUUCUUCCUGCACCCCCCUGAAGCCCACACUGCUGCUAACUCUGACCUGCAAGACCCUGAGGACCAUCUGUCUAAAGCCCGGGUUGAUGAUGGACAACUAAGUUCUACAUCUACAGAAAUGGAUACAGGAAUUCAUGUUCGCACAGAGGACAUCCAGGAUGGUCAGGAUGAAGACUCAUCUUUAAAGGACUACUCUGAUAUGGACCAAGACUAUGAAGCCCGUUCGUGCCCAUUACCUGAUUCAGUUGGAAGUUUCAUCCCUGUGCCAAGUCUACGGGGUCAGCAUUCACUGGCUGCAAGCUCCAACUCCUCAGUUGGAUCCUCUUAUGCUGUGCGCAUGACAAGUUUUGCUGAGCAAAAGUUCCGCAAGGUCAACCAUGGGGAGGGGCGGAGUGGUGGAAAUACACCUGAAAGUGAUAUAAGCACUACAACUGCUACAGCAGUAGCAAGGUGUGUAACACCUGAUGCCCGAAGUCCCAGUCAGACCAGCUCACCCCGUGACCCAUCUAGCCUGUUAGUGUCUGAGAUGGUGCAAUUGAAGAUGAAGCUUGAGGAAAAGCGGCGAGCUAUUGAAGCUCAAAAAAACAAAGUGGAAGCCGCUUUCACACGCCACAGACAAAGGAUGGGUCGCACUGCCUUUCUCAAUGUUGUUCGCCGCAAAGAAGCUAUCUCACCACUAGGGGGUGGUAGUGGAAGUUGCAGAACUCUAGAUGAGAAGCAAAAUGUACAACCACAGCUACUGAAAACAAAGGAUAGCGACUCUCAAUUAGAGAGGUGCAAGCCCGAUGGAGCACCACUUAAAUUGACCCCAGAGGAUGGAGGGAGUGCAGAGGUGGUAGACUUGGCAGAGUACACACGCUCGAUCGAACACUUGAAUGCAUCACUGAGCUUCCUGCAGACAGAAAUGCAGCGCCUGGCACAGCAGCAAGAACACAUCAUGCAUCUACGUGAGCAGCAAGCCUGGGUGAUCUCACCUCCACACACUCAAAUGCAAACACAAAUUUCAUUUCAGAAACACCUGUGUGAGCUGCGCAGCAGUAGUGUUGUGAGUCGUGGAUCUGUGGGGUCUCUUUCCCCAAACCUGUCCUCCACAGGGUCACCCCGUACCACACAACGCUCACCUGCCCCCAUAAAGAGAAAGUCUGCUUCAUUCCAUGCCAGAACAACCCGUACUCCACGCCAAAGUGAGCUGAAAUUCACCCCAUUUAGUCGUAUGUUAAACACCCCCCAGUCAGUGGACAGUCUACCUAGGCUGCGCAGGUUCUCCCCUCGACAAACACAAACUAGUUCUUUUGCAUACUUAGGACAUGACAAGGGACCUACAGAUGAGAAUCACAUAAAUAAAGAGGGAGUAAAUGCACUAGCAGUGGGGUCUAUAGACAAGCAACCUGGAACAGAUGCAGAAAAGAGUUCUGGUGAUGCUCUGUCCAGCCAAGUCACAGCAAACCAAAAAGCAAAAGAAGAGAAAGAGAAGAAAAAAGAUCGAGAUAUGAAAGAGAAACCAUCAGAAGAUGGCGGACCCAUCAAGACAACAGCAGCGUUUCAAGUUCAGUCCCAGACAGUAACGGAGCAUUUGGAAGUGAUGAGUACAGAUGGCACAGGGGAAGGUCAGGCCCAGGGUGGGAAGGACCUAACUGAGGUGCCUCUCUCUGAACUGAAGCCUCCGGAGGAUCACGAACUGGAAAGUGGGAAAGUGAUGGAGGGCAGGGUGGAGAAGAUGUGUUGUGGGUUCUUCUACAGGGAUGAUCAAAAAGGUGAGGAAGACAUUGCACAGAAGAGAGCAGCACUCCUGGAGAAGAGGCUAAGGAGAGAGAAAGAGAUGCAGAUGAAGAAACGACUGCAGGAGCAAGAGAUGGAGCAGAAGAAGGAAAUAUCAAGACUGAAAGCAGAAGAGGAUCGUCAGAAGAAAGAGGAGGAGAAGGCAAGACGGGAGUUCAUCAAAAAUGAAUAUUUGAGGAGGAGGCAGCUCAAAUUGAUGGAGGACAUGGAUACGGUCAUUAAACCCCACCCCCCAAGCAUCAAACAGAAGAAGCCCCGUCCCAAGUCCAUGCACAGAGACAUCAUGGAGUCUCCUAAGCCACCUGCUCAGACAUACACAGGGUCACGACCCCGGGGAUACUCUGUCUCCAGUAUAUCACUUGCCUCCCUUAACUUGGCAGACAAUGAGACUGUCCAAACAGACAAGAGGAUGUCCAGGCGCAGUAAAUUUUCUCCAGGCAAUCUGUGUCUCUUUUUGAGCUCUGCAAAAGGGGCAAAGGCCAGACCAGAGACUGCAGAAGGUCAGUUGUCACUCUGUCCAUCAGUAAAUCGGAAUGGGGAGAACUGGGAAAAUGAAUCUACCACAUCAUCGGCAGCAUCUAACACAGAAUACACAGGACCAAAGCUUUACAAGGAGCCCAGUGCGAAGUCUAACAAGUACAUCAUCCAGAAUGCAUUGGCUCACUGCUGCUUGGCAGGCAAAGUCAACGAGGGACAGAAGACCAAGAUACUAGAGGAAAUGGAGAAGACAGAGUCUAACAACUUCCUAAUCCUGUUCCGAGAUUCAGGGUGCCAGUUCCGUGCACUCUACACAUACUGCCCAGAGACAGAGGAGAUAAGCAAGCUGGCAGGCAUUGGCCCCAAGACCAUCAUGCCCAGGAUGAUUGAGAACCUUUACAAGUACAGCUCAGACAAGAAGCAGUUCUGCCACAUCCCAGCCAAGACCAUGUCAGCCAGCAUCGAUGCCAUUACCAUCUACAGCCACCUUUGGCAGACCAAGAAGCAGAGCACACCCAAAAAACUGCUUAAGUAAAGCAAGUGGAACACAAGGAAACAUGCACUAAACACCUCACUGGCAUUUUGUUCAGGAUUUCAGAGACUUUACAUUAUCAGUGUUUAGCUUUUGCUUCUGAGAGUGAAAAGAAUGACUACAUUUCACAACAAUAUUACACACAGCUUGAAUGUAAAUAUUGAAGAUGUGCAAGAUUGUUUAAUCAGCAGCCAACAUCACUUUAAGAUGAGCUGAUAGCGAACACUAUAUAGCUUGUCUGCAUGUGGCGUGUGUGUGCGUGUGCGCCAAAGCCGUGGGUUACACAGUCUUGCUUUUUACUUUUUACAUUUUCUCUUACUAACACUAAACUUUGUUGAGUGUGUGCAGUGAUGUAUUAUCAUAAUGAGACACAGAUGGGUGUUACAAUUAACAUUUAAAGAUGGUAACAUAUUUAUGAUAUCAUUGACAUCAUUUUGUUUACUGGAACCUAAGCACCUGACUCUGAAUUCACUGUCUGAAUUUAUUUAUAUUUUGGUAAUUAUCUCAAAGUUGGUGCAAAAUAGCUUCUACCAGGUAUGAGUAGUGUGUUUGUAUAUAAUUGCCUUUAUUUUCAUCUGAAUGCAGAUAUUAUUUAGCUUGUACACAUCAUUGUGAGCCCUUUUCUCAAUUUAUGCUGCUAAACCAUAGCACAUCAUUCACACAAACUAUAUAAUGACUGUGUAACAAUCUCUAGUGUAACAGUAUAAGUUCAUGUAUUGUGGUGCUUAAAAGUUUUUGAACCCUUUAGAAUUUUUUACAUUUCAUUAUCAAGUCAUAAAAGUAGAUAAAGAGAACCCAAUUAAACAAAUGAGACAAAAAUAUUAUACUGGGUCAUUUAUUUAUUGAGGAAAUUAUCCAAUAUUACAUAUCUGUGAGUGAAACUUUGCUUUCAGCAUUUGGUGCGACCGCCUUGCACAGCAAUAACGGCAACUAAACGUUUCCGGUAACUGUUGAUCAGUCCUGCCCAUCGGCUUGGAGGAAUUUUAGCCCAUUCCUCAUUACAGAACAGCUUCAACUCUGGGAUACUGGUGGGUUUCUUCAAAUGUAUUGCUUGCUUCAGGUCCUUCCACAACAUUCCACAUCCUUUCUCCAAACAUAACACUUCUUAUUUAAACCAAAAAGGUAUAUUUUGGUCUUAUCUGUCCACAAAACAUUUUUCCAAUAUCCUGGCUUGUCCAUAUGAUUGUUAGCAAACUGCAGAUGGGCAGCAAUGUUCUUUUUGGAGAGCAGUGGCUUUCUCCUUUCAACCCUGCCAUGCACACCAUUUGUUGUUCAGUGUUCUCCUGAUGGUGGACUCAUGAACAUUAAGAUUAGCCAAUGUGAGAGAGGCCUUUGGAAGCUUAGAAGUUACUGGGUUCCUUUGUGACCUUGUGGACUAUUACACAGCUUGCUCUUGGAAUAAAUUCACCUUCAAAUUAACUGAUAAUCCUAGAGGGUCACAUACAGUACUUUUGCCACUCACAUAUUUGUAUUAUUGGACCAUUUUACUCAAUAAAUAAAAGACCAAGUAUAAUAUUUUUGUAUCAUUUUUUAAAUUGGGAUCUCUGUCUACUUUUAGGACAUGAAAAUCUGAUGCAGUUUUAGGUCAUAUAUACGCAGAUAUAUUGAAAAUUCUAAAGGGUUCACAAAUAUUCAAGCACCACUGUAAAAACAUACUGGUAUCAUUUCUUUUACAGACACAGCUUGAGUACUUUUUUGAGUUGACAAGUUACUAUUAAAAUCAAAAAUAAUUAGAGUAUCGUAUGAUAAUGCUUCCAUACCAAUGCUGCCAAAAUAGAUACAUUUAAAAAACAAAGUCUAAAUAACUUUACUUAAGUAUAAAGUCCUUUCCCAAGAGCUGUUGCAUUUUUACAAGCUUUGUAUCAAGCCUUGCGUUUUUAUAUCUUCGGGUUCAAAAGAACCAAAAGAUGUUUUUAUUUUUCUCUAGCAGAAAUCAUUCAUCAAAUUUAUUAGAGCUGUACAUAUUAUAGUUUUGCAUAUUAAGCCUGUUUUUAAAGCCAUUGGAUAUUAAUGAUAUUUUUCUUAUUAACAAGAAAGUGCUUUAACUUUGGAAGGUAUUGUGGGGUAUUGUUGCCAAGGAGCAGUGAAUUUAUGGGUGUUUCUCAAUACAAGAUUGUAUAGACCUGUAUUUCUAGGAAGAAUGUUUUAGCAAAUUUCAGAUAAACUUGCACUGACACAGAGAACAAAACCACUUCACUAUGAGUGAGAGGUGCUCGAUACUUAAUGUUACCAGCUUCCAAACUAUUGCUAACUUAACUGGGUACUGGAGUACUCAGUUCCCUACAAAGUUGAAAGUUCCAUCAUCACAAUGUUGCAUUUAAAUUAUUUUUUUAUUAUUAUUAAAUUUGUUCCUGGUGACAAGACCCAAAUUAAUGCAUCUACAUCCUCAAUAUUUGGGGGGGGGGGAAUCUGGUAUUUUCACAGUUCAGUAUUUUUACCAUUCUCACACUUACAUUCUUCUGAAAUCAAAUGAAGGAUGAAGUCAAAUAAGGAUGCAUAUUGAGAAAGACCCAUUAACAGCACGAAAAAAAAAUGCAUUGUACCGUUAUAAGUAUUAUUUUAUUUUUAAAUAGAAUGUCAGCUCUGAUCUGUAUCUACUGUGGAAUAUUAUUUUGAUAUAGAAUUUAGUAUAGUUUCAGUCAUAGCCUAUGUAACAGAUGAAUGUUCAGUUUUCCUGUUCCUUCAUUCCUCAUUGGCGCAUGUGUUCAUAUUGUCCAUUUGUUGUAUGUCUGUUCUUUAUUGGAACACCUGCUAUCCUGUUUGGCUUUACAAAUACAGAUUUUCAUCCAAAUAUUAUUUUGGUGGUGCUAUUAUUGUCAGUAGUAACAAUAAGGUAAGGUAAGGUAAUAUGUCUUACCUCUGUAGGUGUGCUGUGCUAUCUGGCACCAAGACGUUGGCAGCAGAUACUUUAAGUCCUGUAAGUUUUUAGAUGGGGAGGUCCAUGGAUCGGACUUGUUUGUCCAGCACAUGACUGAGAUGCUUGAUUGGAUUGAGAUGUGGCAUUGUGGCAUUUGACGAGUCAACACCUUGAAUUCUUUGUCAUGUUCCUCAAACAAUUCCUGAACAAUUUUUGCAGUGUGUCAGGGAGCAUUAUCCUGCUGAAAGAGGCCACUGCCAUUAGGGAAUACUGUUGACAUGAAGGGGUUUACUUGGUCUGCAACAAUGUUUAAGUAGGUGGUACGUGUCAAAGUAACAUCCACAUGAAUGCCAGGCCCCAAGGUUUCCCAGCAGAACGUUGCCUAGAGCAUUACACUUCCUCCUCCGGCUUGCCUUCUUCCCAUAGUGCAUCUUGGUGCCAUCUCGUCCCCAGGUAAACGAUGCACAUGCACCCAGCCAUCCUCAUGAUGUAAAAGAAAAUGUGAUUCAUCAGACCAGGCCACCUUCUUCCACUGCUCCAUGGUCCAGUACUUCGCAUGCCCAUUGUAGACACUUGGUGUUGGACAGGGGGCAGCAAGGGCACUCUGACUGGUCUGUGGCUACACAGCCCAAUAUGCAGCAAGCUGCAAUGCAUUGUAUUCUGACACUUUUCUAUCAUAGCCAGCAUUAACUUUUUCAGCAAUUUGGGCUACACUAGCUCUUCUGUGGGAUGACCAGAUGGGCUAACCUUCCCCCACAUUCAUUAGAGAGGCUUGGGAGCCCAUGACCCUGUUGCCGGUUCAUUGAUUGUCCUUCCUUGGACCACUUUUGGUAUUAACCACUGCAU